CAGAAAGAACAGGAAAAAUGCAGGCAGGGCGCCGGACAAAGCACUCGGGACAAAAUUGUAUUGAGUGAAUGUCAAAUUUUAAAAUUUUUGAAUUUCCUGCCGUUCUGUCCCCCGUAUGUCCCGACGUCGCAGGGAACGGAACCCGGAAGACAGAUGCCGGCAUCGGCCGGAGGAGAUGGCCGGGGACGCUGCAGGGGGGACAUCGCGGGAGCGCAGGACAAGGUAAGUGCUGGAGGGAAUCCCUGAGCAAUGCUGCAGUGUAUUCCCGAGUGUAGCUCGGGGUUACCGCUUCUGGUACUGAAAGUUAACCCCGAGCUACACUCGGGAAUACCACCAGGGAGGUUAA